AUGCCGUGUUUGUCUUGGGUUGAUAAAUUAAGAGGUUUGGAUGGUACAGUAGAGAAGCAUAUUAACGAAGUUGAUCAGUUUCUUGAGAGCGUAAUUGAAGAACACUUGCAUACGAAGAAAAGGGAGUCAAGCGAAGGCAGGAGUUAUGUGGCUGAUCAAGACCAACGUUUCAUUGAUAUGUUGCUUAAAGAAAAUCAAGAUGAUACGACGAGUAGAUUCCAUUUUGAAAGAAAUGACAUCAAAGCUCUUCUCUUGGACAUGUUUGUUGCAGGAACCGUUCAGCCAUUUUCAACGCUAGACUGGGCAUUGAGUGAAUUAGUAAGAAAUCCUCAAACAAUGAAAAAGCUACAAGAAGAGGCAAAAGAGAUAGCCCAAGGUAAAGCAAAUAUUACCGAAGAUGACUUUGGGAAAAUGCAGUACAUGAAAACCGUGAUUAAAGAGUCAUUGCGACUACAUCCACCGCUUCCACUUAUUCCCAGAGAACUAACUCAAGAUUUCAACUUGAUGGGAAAUGAUCUUAAAGCUAAAACCAAAGUCUUUAUUAGCACAUGGGCUAUAGGAAGAGAUUCCAACAUUAUGGGAUGA